AUGCGGAGGUUAUUCCAACGUUCCGGCCGGAUGAAAAAUCUAGCAACGUCAAGGGAUGGCUGCACAAGAUCGACCAGUUGGAUCACGUAUAUGGAUGGGACAACAAAGACUGCCAGUUCAUCAUGCAGAUAUGUCUUCGUGGGUCGGCUAGGGAUUGUGCGAUACACCACCGCAACUAUACUACACAUCCGCGAAUGGCUACCACAUGGAGAAGAGAAGGUGCUGUUGCUCCAGUUGCAAGAGGGACCGACUUUCAACCAAAGAAAUGUUACGCCUGCCGAAGAGAAGGUCAUGAAACAAAGAACUGCAAAGAGCCGCGCUGCGAGGUGUGCCAUCGCCCGGGACACACGUCGGUCAGCUGAUGGUAUGCGGCCAGCUCUUCACACCCAAAAGUGCCAUACACCAGCGACAAACCAGGCGCCAAUAGCAGCGCUGAUCGCCGUGGGACACGGCAUAUACAGGAUGGCCGAAUGUUAUCGAGCAACACUUCCGGCCUCACAUAAUAAAUUAUUUACGAACUUAGGAAAUAUAUAG